AGUAAACGAAUGUCAUCGCAAAACACAUUCACAGAAAAUUUCCUUUCAUACACGAUAUCGUACAAAUCUGAAAAAUAUUCAUUUAUAAUUUUGAAAAUUUAUUUAAAAUUCAUUGGUGGAAAAUGCAAAUAAACAAAUAAAAGAGAAACAGUGUUUAGCUUUAAGUGAAAAGUGCAAGCAGGCCGCAACAGUGGUCGAGAAAAAUCGCGCUAAUUCCCUUGCCAAGAUUUCAUUACGGUGGGGUUAGUAGUGGCUAGUGAAGAAAUCACGUAGUAUAUUCCAGUGUUUUGUAAAAUAUUUGUGUUGGACUUGAUUUUAUUGCAUGCAGAUUGCAAGAAUUAUAAACUUAAAGUGUUAAAUUAAUGGCAUUUUGUACGCUAUAGACGAUAACAGCAACAAUAUGGACAGCCUUGAAGAUUCCUCAUCAGUGCCGGAAUUCAGUUUUGAUGAUUUACUCGAACCAUCACCGGCCAAGAAAAAUGGUAAAUCGCCAGACAUCGACGAAGAUUCUUUGGAAUAUGAAAUUGAAGAAAAAGACGAUAGCCUCAAUACACCAGAACCCAAACAGAAAUAUCGCAUGGUGCCCAAGACGAUAACGAAUAGUUUUAUCAGUAACAAAGCUGUACCGAUGCGUACAAAUCUUGCAAAACCGGCAGGCCAGAUGGCAACAUAUGUAAAAAAUCCUGGCAAUGGCGGGGGCGCUGGAGUAGGUAAUACAUCGUCAUCAUCGGCCGCUCCCAUACUUUUGAAUACAAAAAAUAUUUUGCCUAAAAUGGCUGCUCAAAUUACCAAUAAUUCAAUUAAAAUAACACCCAAAACUGUAUCAUCCUCCGCGGCUGGCAGUGGUGGAGUAGUUACAGCAUCUACAUCUGGCACCUCUUCGGUUCUAUCGAUUGGUGGAAAGACGGCGGUACGAACAGCAUCGGGACACUUGUUAUAUAUACAAAAAACGACGGCCUCUAGUACGGCAACAACCACUGGAACAGCAACCAAAGUUGCUGGGAAUACAACCACAAUGUUAAAAACUCAGCAAAAUGCUGCAGGAGGAGGAGGAGGAGGCAAUAAACCAGUGACAAUACAAGUUAUGCGUAAUGCUGAUGGUAAUUUUGUUCCCUUGAAAACAUCAACAGGACCCAAUGGCAAAAAUACCACUCUAACACUAUCACCCACAGCCACGCUGGCUGGAAAGAAAAUAAUUGCUUCGACGGCGGGAGGUCAGGUACUGAUUAAAAGCCUCAACUCCUCUGGGGUAACCAGCUCAUCUAAUCCGGGCGUUAAAACCAUGGUUGUUAAGCAAACAACUGGCGCCAAUACAACACUAGCGGGCGAGCUUUCAAAACCCAAAACAAUUACGGUGCAAACUUCCGCUGGUGGAGAGGCAAUGGGAAAACCCAAAACAAUUACAGUGCAAACUUCCCCAGGUGGAGACGGAAUAGGAAAGCCCAAAACUUUUCUGGUUCAAAGUAAUAGUGGUAAACAAAUUUUGGUUACCAAUCCAAAUUUGGUAAAACUAUCACAAAAACCUUCGACGUCCGGUGCCGGAAUGAGUAGCCAGGCAACAACCACAACGACGUCUGUAACCAAUAAUAGCACAGCUGGUUCUAUACAGACCGUACAGAUUUCUAGUAAACAAGGUUUGCAAUAUCUUCGAGUUGUACCACAGACAAAAACAUCAACAGCCGGAGGAACGGGGCAGGAAAAGGUUGUGACCACAACGUCAGUGGCGAAACCACUUAGCACCUCAACAACAACAACUACAGCGACGGCGUCAAAACCCCUUACCCCUUCAGCGCCCGUAAAAAUCUUAAAUAAUCUGCCGCAAAAAUUCACUGUGGUACAAAAAGGUGGUGGCACCAAAGUGGUGGUUACCCAGAAAAAAGAUGCCAAUGGUGUGGAAUUUACACCUAUUGCAUCUAAGGUGCAAAAAACUAUUGUUGCAAUGCCACCAGUAAAAGCUGUCACUGAGGGGACAGCCCAUAGCAAACAGCAGGAGUCCACAAGGACACCACAAACAAUGGCUGGAGCCGGCCAAAAUCCCAUUGGAAAUCAAGCAAUACUGCGUAAACAUAAAAUCUCGGAAAUAAAUACAGAGCUAAAACGGAUAACAGCCUCGGAUGCUGACGAUAAUGGACCACCUGAAGUCAAGAAACCGACAUCCAAUAAUCGCAUGGUGGUAAUUGCCAGCAAUGCACCCACAAUUUUGAAUAGUGGAAGCCAGCAGCAGCAACAGAUUUCGGGACGACUUUCAAACUCAGCUGGUGUUAAUUCAUUGCAGGUGCAGGGCACCAGGACAGCAGCAGCCAAUAACAACAGUAACACUAAUCCCACCGGAGCUACACCCAGGACAAGGAUAGCAGCUGGUGAUAAAAUGUAUACCCUUGUAAAAUCCUCAGGACAACAAAAUCCACCCAAGCUUUAUAGUGUUUUAAAAGGCAAUCAAGUUUUAAACACAACAACCACAACCAGUCAAACAACAUUUACCGCUCCGGCGGCCACCCAGAAAACAUUAAUUAAUCAACAAGCUGUUUUAAGGCAGCAGCAACAGCAACAACAAAAGGUUUUCCAUUUAAAACAAAUGCAAAAAUCUAAAACAUCGAAUCAGUUGGCCGCCCCAAUGACGACGGCCUCCCACUAUAGCUCAAUCGAAAUCAAAGAAGAACCAUUAGAAUUUUUCGAAAGCUCCUCCUCCACCACGACCACAGUCGUCGAAACUAAACAGCAUCAAAAACCAUUGGCAUCCACAUUAUCAUCAGCAUCUCUUCUAACAUCAUCAUCCGCAUUAAAUAACCCCUCAUCGUCGACGUCCGCAUCAUCAUUGCAAAAUUUACCUUCAAUCUCUGCAGAGCUCAAAGAAGAUCCUAACAAAUUAGAUUUGGUUGGUGCUGUACGACGCAAACACUGCAAUUGCAGCAAGUCCCAGUGCCUCAAACUGUAUUGUGAUUGUUUUGCCAAUGGUGAAUUCUGUCAGGAUUGUACGUGCAAAGAUUGCUGUAAUAACUUGGAAAAUGAGGAUGAGAGACAGCGUGCCAUACGUAGCUGUUUGGAGCGGAAUCCCAGUGCAUUUAAGCCAAAGAUUACAUCAUCCAGUGAUCUCGGAGAUAUGCGUCUACAUAACAAAGGCUGUAAUUGCAAGCGUUCCGGUUGCCUCAAGAACUAUUGCGAAUGUUAUGAGGCCAAAAUACCAUGUAGCUCGAAUUGUAAAUGUGUGGGCUGUCGAAAUGUUGAAGAUCGUCCCGAUUUGGAUAUGGAUCCUGUCGAUCCCAAAGUUAUGGCCACAAUUGCAAAUGCCUCUGCCUCGACUAGUCACAAACGCCCGUAUGACAAAUCAUCACAGCGUGAUUCACACGGUAACAUUAAAAGCGAAAAAUAUGGCAAAGAGGCCGUCAAACAGGAAUAUGGAGCAGAGUUGAACAGCGAUUUGGCACCACCAGAAAAACAACAAUGUAAUUUCAUUACCCAAGAAGUUGUCGAUGCCACCAUCCAGUGCAUGGUCACCCAGGCGGAUGAGUGUGAAAAGAACGGUCUGCCCGCCUAUCAAAUGGAAAAAAUGGUCAUGGAAGAACUUGGUCGUUGUCUGGUGGAAAUUAUCGAUUUCUCCAUACGCAAUACGGACACCAGUUAUACACAAGAUUAAAAUCAAGAUGUAAAUGACCAAGUCCCCAAUUUUUGUUUCAAAUUGUUAAAUUAUUUUUAAUAAAAAUGCUAAGUUCGUUUUUAAAAUAAAUACAAAAAAAUAA